CAUCGUCCGCUCCUCCCAGCUCGUCCUGACACAGAACCCGGAUGUGACCGAUGCUGCUGCGCUAACGACACAAACCGAGGGAUUUUAUGGAAAACACGGAGGAAUAUAAAGUCACCGCGGCCUGAGGAGAGUCCUGAGCCCCUUACCGUCCUCUGGAGGGUCCGAACCACAACACAUAAACCACGAAAAACAAACUGAAUGAACCGCAGGCUCAGAGAUGUCUGGGCAGUCAUGUGAUCCGUCAUGUGAUCAGUGAUCAGUCAUGUGAUCAGCUGAUAGGAGGAGGAAGUGUCUUACUGCUCAAACUCAGACAUCAGCUGUUUUCCUCUCAGGUGUUUUACCUGGCCUCUCUCCUCCUGCAGGUUCGUGUCGGGCUCCUGAGUCGAGGACUGCGGCGGGAUGAGCGGGGCGGCUCUGGGCAUCGAGAUCGUGGUGGUGUUUUUCCUGGCGUUGUUCCUCCUGCACCGAUAUGGAGACUUCAAGAAGCAGCAGCGCAUGGUGCUGUUCGGCACGCUGCUGGCCUGGUACCUGUGUUUCCUCAUCGUCUUCAUCUUACCUCUGGACGUCAGCACGACCAUCUACAAGCAGUGUAAGAUCGACCACGACGAGCAUGUUUCUGUUCCCACUGUCGGCCCGUUACCGUCCAAUCACACGGCACCAAACACCUCGGUCACGCCCACUAAAAGCGUUCCACAGCCGUGCUACAGGCCGUGGAGCUACAUCCCUGACGGCAUCAUGCCUGUGUUCUGGAGGGUGGUGUACUGGACGUCCCAGUGCCUCACAUGGCUGCUGCUGCCCUUCAUGCAGUCGUACGCUCGCUCUGGAGGCUUCUCCAUCACCGGCAAAAUCAAAACCGCUCUGAUAGAAAACGCCAUCUACUACGGGACCUACCUGCUGAUCUUUGGCUCGCUGCUCAUCUACGUGGCCGUUCAUCCUGGGUGGCGUCUCUCCUGGUACGAGCUGCAGACCAUCGGCAUCACGGCGGCCAACACCUGGGGUCUGUUCCUGCUGGUGCUGCUGCUGGGCUACGGCCUGGUGGAGAUCCCCCGCUCCUACUGGAACGCCUCCCGACACGGACACCUGCUCAUCAAGACCUACUUCAAGGCGUCCAAGCUGAUGACGGAGAAGGCGGACGCAGAGGAGAACCUGGAGGACGUGAUGGAGGAGGUGAGAAAGGUCAGUGAAUCCAUCAAAUACAACCACCCGCUGAGGAAAUACAUCGACACCAUCCUGAGGAAGUGCCCGCUGGACUACCAGGAGAAGAUGGGCAGGAACAUGGACGACUACGAGGACUUUGAUGACAAACAGAACACGUAUCCCAGCGAGAAGAGUCUGGUGAAGCUUCAUAAGCAGGUGAUCUACGCGGUCCAGAGACACAACAGGACCCGUGUGCAGUGGCAGAUCCUCCUGCAGCAGGCCAUCCACCUGGAGGACGUGGCCAAGAACGAGACCAGUUCCACGCACCAGUUUGUCCGCAGCUUCCCGUCGUCGGAGCCGGUCGGCUGGAUCAGCAGAUACGUCUACACUCCGACCGUAGAGUGGUACUGGGAGUGUCUCCUGAAGCGCUGGUUCUACCGGCUGCUGUCUGUGGUCCUGACCCUGUUCAGCGUGGCCGUGGUCUGGUCCGAGUGCACCUUCUUCAGCACCCGGCCCGUCCUCUCCCUGUUCGCCGUCUUCAUCCAGCUGGCUGAGAGAGACUACAACUACCUGUACAUCGAGAUGGCGUGCUUCAUCACCAUCUUCUUCCUGUGCACCUGCGUUUACUCCACUGUGUUCCGGAUCCGGGUCUUUAACUAUUAUUACCUGGCCUCCCAUCACCAGACCGACGCCUACAGCCUGCAGUUCAGCGGCAUGCUGUUCUGUCGUCUGACUCCUCCUCUGUGUCUCAACUUCCUGGGUCUGAUCCACAUGGACUCUGCCAUCUCCCACCAGCAGAAGGAGCAGACGGCCUACACCUCAAUCAUGGGAUCGAUGCAUGUUCUCCCCUUCAUCGCUAACGGCUUCUACAUCUACUACCCCAUGCUGAUCGUCAUCCUCUGCAUCGCCACCUACUUCAGUCUGGGGACUCGCUGCCUGAACCUUCUGGGCUUCCAGCAGUUCAUGGGCGACAGUGAAAUGACCUCUGACCUGAUCGAUGAGGGGAAGGAGCUGAUCCGACGGGAGAAACGGAAGAGACAGAGGAUCGAGGAGGGUGAGAACAGACGGAGGGAGUGGAAGGAGCGUUACGGGAACCCGAGGGAGGAGUACGCUGCGAGGAACCGGAGCAGCCACGAGAUGAAGGAGACCAGUUACUCUGACUCAGUCAACUCCAGCAACAGACAGGCGAAGUAUUCUCGCUCUGGGAGUCGGGCGGAGAGAGACUGCAUCGAGCUGCUGCAGGACGCUGAGCCUUUAGACUUCAACGCUGACGCUCUGACUGACGACCCUCUGGACGCUGACUCCGGCAGACCCUCGGGAGGACGUUACCUGUCCAUGUCGUCGUCUCGCAGCCGGAUAUUUGACGAUGUCUGACGGGGGAGGAGUCAAACUGGAACCGCACACCAACGCCCACAUCACUGUCGACGCCUCCACCUGCAGGAAGUGAAUGUACCACACUCCUCUCCCAGCAUGCACCCCAACUGAAGGUAACAGGUCACAUGUCUCCGUGAAGCUCUGUCACCUGGAAACAUUUCCAUCGUUUGCUCCGGUCGUCUCGGUCGAUGAAGGAAUGAAUAUUGAUGUUAUCACAGUUCCACCUCUGAUUCUUACUCUCCUGCUGAAGUUACUGUCUGAGCUGCAGCUGCAUGUCUGACACUUUACUGAGGUUUAAUGAAGGUCCUGGGACUUUAUUUAUGUUUUUAUUCUGAGAUGUUGAUGUUGUGGAUUUAUUGAAGUGAAUAUGCAGCUCCUGAAUGUGAUUGGUUAGGGUGUGUACACCUGCGAUCUGAAGGUGAUGAGGACUCAUCAUGUUCACGUCUAAAUGUGGUUUUUGUGACUUGAUCGACUAAAACUCUUUCUCCACAUCAUGUUUAAAGGUGAAAUAUUUAUCACCUCGUUUCCACACAGCUCUGUACGUCCAGUCCAACGUCUGCCACAGGAAGUUCACCUACAAACAGACGCCACAUACAGAGUUCAUACUGAUCUGCUCCACAGCUGAGGAGCUGUUGAACACUAGGGAACACAGAGCUGAUCCUAAAACCAGGAAGUAAGUUAGCAUGUUAGCAUGUUAGCUCUUCCUGUUGUCAGUGUGUUUCUGGUUAAAUGUCUGAAAUAAGGUCUGUGGUUUUAACACAAGCUCAAGACAUUUUCAGGUUUUAUUCUCCGACAUAAAAUGGGUCAGUAAAUCCCCCACUCCUGAUGUUUGAAGCUUUUACAUGUCUUAAAAAAGAUGGGAGGGAACCAGGCUGAUGCUAAUGUCAGGUUGGACGACAGAAACACAUCAUCCCUGCAGGACUAAACAGAAUUACAGGAAAAAAACCAAACUGUGUGGAAACGAGGUGUAAAAAUGAAAAUGGAAGAUGAAUAAUUUACACUUGCACAGUUUGAAUUAAGUUGUAGAUACACUGCUGAUGAGAAAUAAGCUGAAGAAAAGUGACCUUUAAAGGACCAUUCCUGUGUUUCUGUGUUGUAGCUUCACUUCUUUGCUGGAUGGUAUAAAGAAUUUAAUUCAGCUUCAACCAAGUUUUAGAUUCACUUUAUUUCCAUUAAAGUUUGAAUGAUAAAGGAUCGAGUACAGAGCCCUGAGGAACACCACAGGUAACUGAUGAGUGGUAAAUGCUGACACAGGUAGAAACACAGGUAGAGACACAGGUAGAAACACAGGUGUGGUCCUUUAAUGGCGGUCAGGUGAGGUGUGGAUGAGGACAUCCUGCUGGCAGGUUCAGCUGAGCGUCAGGUGCGUCAGGAGGAAACGGAUCUGAGUGCAGUGUUCACCUCCUCACGUCUGUACAUAUGUAUGAUAAGUCUUUUGUAUUAAACGGGCUAAUUAAUGAGACGUAGAGAUGUGCGUUUGUAUUUAUGGUGUUUGUCCUGUUAGUGACCUCGUCCCUGUGAGAACAGGACACUUCCUGUCUGAUCAUACCACUGAUGAAGUAUUCUCCUUCUUAUGUUGUGAAUAUUUAUUGUGCUCAUGAUCUCAGCACGUUUUCUUUCUGACCCUGGGGAUAGAGAGUAGAUAUCCACCCUGUGAUGUUCAGGAGUGAGGGGAUGGAGUCUGGUUUAACUCUGCUGUUGUUGUUUCAGUCAAUAAAACCUGUCAAAGAGUUCA